AUGGGCAUGUCUGGGCGUGAACUGAUUGAGGCAAAAGAUAAGUGGGAGAAAUUGGCCAUGGGUGCAAGGCCAUUCCAUGUGGUUUGCGAUUCCAUUGAAGCUCUGGAAGACCGGAGUCGCGAUGGCGAUAUCCUUGGCGGUUGGGCUGGGGGCGGAACUAUGGUGGUCGCUUGGCUGGGGCUUGGCUGGGGCUUGGCUGGUAAGCUGGAGUGUAACCUCACGGCUUGGCUGAGCGAAAAUAGACCAAUGAACCGAGGUACAGGCUAUCAGACUAUCAGGGGUCUCGCAGCCUGCCAAUGA